AUGAAAGAGCUCAUCAAUUUGGCAGGGCCAACUGUGAAGUUCGUGGACAGCCCAAUCCCUGAGCCUAAUGAUGACCAGGUCCUUAUUAAAGUGGUCGUGUCUGGGUCCAAUCCCAAGGACUGGAAAAUUCCGGACCUUGCAGCUUCUGGACAUACCAUACCUGGUAUGACGCCUGAGAUCAGAAAAGGAGUGAACCAGGGGGAUGAUAUAGCUGGAAUUAUCGAAAAGGUUGGGUCCAACGUUGUCGAAUUUAAACCAGGCGAUCGCGUUGCAGCAUUCCACGAAAUGUGUGCGCCCGGGGGCUCGUACGCCGAAUACGCACUUGCAUGGAGUCAUACGACUUUCCAUCUACCUAAGCACACCUCAUUUGAAGAAGCCGCAACAAUCCCUCUCGCCGCCCUGACUGCUGCUGUGUCCUUAUACGGGCACCUUCGAUUCCCACCACCGUGGAGACCUGCCAUAACACCGAUCCCGUUCAUAGUUUACGGCGCAAGCACAACUGUCGGCUCCUACGCGAUCAAAUUGGCCUGCAACAGUAAUAUUCAUCCCAUCAUUGCCAUCGCAGGGAAGGGAUCUCAAUAUGUGCGGGGCCUCCUCGAUCAAAGCAAAGGAGACACAGUGAUCGACUACCGCCACGGAGUGGAGGCAACAGUCAAGGAGAUAAAGGACAGCCUCAUACUUACUGGAUAUCCUGCUGUGCACUACGCACUUGACACGAUUAUCAUUGCGCAAAGCGCGGAGGUCUUAAAACAGUCGAUCGCUCCGGGCGGACAGGUUGAUUUUGUAUUGCCUAACGACCUCGACGUGUCACCUGCUGUGAAGUCAAUUACUUCUGUGGGAUCGGUGCACAAGCAACCUGGGUUUGACAACUAUGAGGAACUAGGGUUUGUUUUCUCUCGGUAUUUUACGAGGGCAUUGUAUAAUAGCAGCCUCUCCGGUCAUCCUUUUGAGGUCAGACCGCGAGGCCUUCAAGGUGUCGAAGAGGCGUUAAGAGACCUAAAGGCGGGAAAGGCAAGCGCUACGAAGUACGUUUUUCGUGUUGCAGAUACCCCGGGGAUUGCUUAA